AUGCUCCUGCAUUUCGAAAGCCAUACAUCACCAAGAUUCCUUUUUGCCAGUACAAGAGAUGCAAGAUUACUGCAUAGACGAGCUAAAAGGCAAGCCAAGAAGCUUGAUGUAGAUGCUCCUGCAUUUCGAAAGCCAUACAUCACCAAGAUUCCUUUUGGUCACACAGAAACUGGCGUUUGGCAACCUUCCAUGGCAGGUGUUAAGGAUUUUGGGAUCUUUGCAAAUAAAAUGGACAAAAACGCCAGUGCAAGAGCAAGACAUUUUAGAUUAAUGCAAAGACGAGCUAAACGACAAGCAAAAAACCAACAUGCGGAUGCUUCUGUAUUUGAAAACACAUGCAUCAGUAACAUUCCAACUGUUGUGGAUGUGAAUCCUACCAUUGAAGGUGGGUUGAUGGACGUCCCAAUAAAUGACCAGACCAACCUUUCAUCUGCACGGGCAGCACAAGACCUCUCCAGUGAAGCACCUGAAUCUACUCCAAACAGUAGAAAACCCCGAAGGCCUACCACCAGCCGAAAAUGUUAG